AUGUCCGUUCCCCAUGACCUUUCCAGCAUGGACGUCGAAGCACUGGGUCACAUCGUCGGUACCGUACAGGCGAACGGCACGACCGUCUACAAUGGCAUCAGCAAGCAAGAUCAUCCCCAAUUUUUCCGCGUCUCGAUGUUCCCGCCCGAUGAGCGCGGGACAAUCGUAGCUCCUGUCGAAAUGAAGAGUUCCACAUUUCAACUUCGCUCCAUCGAUCCGAGCCAGCAAGUCUACUCCUCACUCGCCGACGACGACGACAAUGACGGUACGAGUGCUCGUGGUGUGAUCGUGCGGGUCCAGCCAAGCAUCUUCGUCAAUGCGGUGACAUACCAGGUGGCGGCCGACUAUCUGUCCAGCCGCUCACCGAUCAUAAUUCGCUCUGUCAAUCGAGUGAUGCCUUCCGGAGUGGCGUCAAUCAUAGACACCCAGGACAACGUCAAUUACUCACAGGUCCCGCUUUUACCUGCUUUUACGUGUGUACUGACGCAUGGUGAGAAGAGUCAAGUCCAAGCCGACGUUGAUGGACGGACUGUCCCAGGAUAUCAGCACGCCCUUGAUAUCCUUGCCCCCAAAAUCGGCCUGGUGGAGCCUAGAUCUGAUAAGACUGGGUCAACUCGACGAUGGGUGCAGAGGCCUUGCCCGCCCGAAGCUCAGACUACCUACCGCGUAGUUGACGCCGGACCUGGGUACUCAGUCUACGAGACCACCUGGGGCGCCGAGGGGGCCAGUAUGGGCAUCACCGGGCGGGGCCAAUUUGCCCGCUUCGAGCUGAAUGCGUCGGCGAGGGAGGAGACAGGGAUCGAGUGGCUCGCUAUCGUUUCGAUGCUGACCACCACGCGGGAGAGUCUGGGGCACCAGAUCGGGGCGAUGAUACUGGUCCGCAAGGAUACAAGUGGCGGUCACCAGGAGAGGGAUGACGCUUGUGGGGGCGGUGGCGGAUCCGGAGAGCGGUUUGGAGUGGACAGCUGUGGCGGUGGCGGAGGAGGAUGCCAUCUUAUAGAGGAAGGGUCCUUCAUUGUUCUCCACGGCUUCGCGCGCGCCGCAGCCCUCGAGGCGGUCCAGACAGUGCUGUAUGCCUUGCGAACUGAACCGGCACUCCCUGAGGACGUCGUGGACUACUCGUACGGCGACGGAACAUACAAGCAUGCCAUCUCGAGCUCCAUGCCAUUUCCCGACAGCGUGAUUCUUCGCGGAAGCUCCUUCAACACCGCCGACUCUACCGGUGUCAUCAGCCGCGUCGUUCCAGUCAGGGAGCUACACUCCGCUGUCAAGAUACGCAGCUUCGACCCGGCGCACGAGAUACGGUUCUACCACCCCGAGACUGGCCAAUACGCCACCGCCAACCCAGUCAUUGUCCUUGAUGAUUUGGCCUACGCCAUUCCCAGUCGAUACACACCCGAUGGGCAGACCGCCACACUGUGUUACUCUCCCUUGAUCGUCCCGCAGACGGUCUACACCUUUUCGUCCGUCCCAGAUUCCGAUACCAUCGGCGCAGCCCUCGACUCCAUGCCCCCGCCCCUGUCGAAGACUGCCACAGACCUACAGUACAUGAAAACAAUACAGCAAGGUGGCACUGUCAAGGACGUCAGAGCGGCGCUCACAAAUGAGGCCAGUCGGAUCAAGGGGACUGAGCUUGGGGACAGCGGCUGGACUCUUGUACAGAACAAUGAGUCGUCUGGGGACACUUUGCCUGAUGCAAACAUCAUCGACACAAGCCAUCUGGACAACGUACCGACCGGCUGCAUCUACGAGAUACCGCUCGGAAUGGGAUUUUCGUCUCUCGGUCUGCAGGGGCAAGGACAAUUUACUCGCUACGAGGUUCCGGCCGAGGUGACCGAGACGACGGGGAUCGAAUGGGUGGCGGUUGCCCCGCUGCUGGCGGAUCUCUCCAACUCGGACGGCGGCACGAAGCAUGUCCCCCGUGCUACCGUCUUUGUGCGCAAGGAUGCUCCUACCGGAUACGAGAAGUCCGAUGAGCCUGUUAUGCGGGCCAUCGAAACUGUGGCUCGCGAAUGGCGUUCGUCGGAUGCUGCAGAGUCGAUCGUUCGUACGUUUGACGAACCAGAGGAUCUUGCAACUCGAGCAAGCAUGCGGAAGUCUACUCUCAUGGCUCUGAAUGACACUCUGGCUUCCGCCAUCAUGACUCAGCUACCCGGUCUCACGGAAAUCGGUCCCAAUGCGCGGGAAGAGAGUAUUCUGGGAUGA